GAAACUCUCAGUUUUUUCACACUAGACGUUAUUUUCUUGACUUUUCGUUGUCCCAACGGCCUCGUAUCACCACCGUUUCACUUUACCACCACAUCGAUACGUCACUGCAGGGACAGGAAGUCUCAUUGCGCUUAGCAACGGUUGCUAACAACUCAGGCUGCUGUGUGAACCUGAGAGGAGUCACUGGGUUUUAACUUGCAAAACUUUCAGCUGCCCACUAAAGCUCAGUGUGAUAAUGCCUCGAGGAAGAUCUGCCAGAAGUGCCCAUUCAGACAGCAGCGAGAUGGAUAUUGAUGGCACAGCAGAAUCAGAGAUAGCCAAACUGCAGAGACAGUUCAGGAUCAUGGAAGGAGACCGGCAGGCCUACAACAUUCAGGCUCGGGAGCAGAUUCGCAAACAACAGCAGGAGAUACAGAAGCUGCUGAGGGAGCAAGAGGAGCUGCAGCAAAACCUUGGUGCAUGUCAAAGCUUGUCCCGUCAACAGCAAGACAGUGAGGACACCCAGAGUCUUAAUGCUCUAUUGGAGCAGAGAGACAUACUAGAAGAGGAGUUGGAGAAAGAGAAGCAGUGUCAACAAGAACUAAAGAAAGAGAUCUCAAACAUAGAGAUGAAGGUGGCAGAGCUGAGAAAAGGGGAGGUCAACACUAGUGACACGCAAAGAUCUGAAGUACAGCGGACUCAGAAGGCCAUACGCACCUGGGAAUACAAACUAGAUAGAGCCUUGACCCGCUUCAAUGAGCAGUUGACCAAAAACAGCCACCUGAGAGAGGAGUUGCAGACUCUUCAUAUUGAACGUGUCCGUUUCCAGCAACUACACAACAGGCUCGAUAAGGAACUCCGAGAAGUCCGCAAGAAGAUCGGGGAAAUUAUCAAUCUGUCUACUGCUGCUUACGAUGCCAGGGUGGAGGCUCAGUCCAAGAUGACCAUGAUGAGAGAGAAGGCAGUGAAGGACCUUGCCCAGUAUAACGCUGAGAUGAAAGAACUGGAAAGGGUUAUUGCACAUGAGUGUAGCCUGAAAGAUUUCAUGACCACCAAGUGCAGUGAGAGGUCCAGUCAGGAUGACGGCCAGGAGAUGGGACACAGACAAUUGUCAGAACUGAGGGAGCAGAGGAGGACAGACUCAGGGGAAGAGUCACUGGACGCUUUGGAGGAGGUGUUUGAGAGGAUUCAGACUGUGACAGGGGAGGACAACCUGGACAUGCUGGUCACCAGGUUCAUCCAGGUUGAAGACCGGAACUUUGCACUCUUCAAUUUUGUAAAUGAGCAAAACAACGAGGCUGAGGCACUGAGGGAUCAAAUAAGCCAGAUCCAAGGAGAGAUGGAGCAGUUUCAUGUGGAAGGUUUGCAACAGGAGCGAGAUCAUCGCUCUUUGCUGAGAGACAUUGAUGAGCGACAAAACAAAACCAAGUCCCAAGCUGAGGACUAUGAAAACCAAGCCAGCAUCAUAAGCAAAGUCCUGGACCAGAUUAAAACAGGAGUGAACAGCAUCUUCUCUAAGAUGGAGUGUGACCGUUCAGUGAUAGAGGAUAUGCUAGGCUCCUCUUCAGGGAUCAGUGAGAACAACAUCAUGUCCUAUCUGGGUCUGGUGGAACAGAAGACCAAUGAGCUGCUCACCAUACAAGCUUUCCUCAAUUCUAAAGAUCUGGAAAAGGACUACAAUCCAAAAGAUCUGGCCAAAUUCCUUCUGGGUCAAAAUCCAGAAAUGCUUCAGGAGAAUAUUAGCAUCCAACCUGCAGUCAAUAGUGUGGAGUAUGACGCAGAAGAGUCUCCUGUCACUGAUGAAGAAGAACGUCCACUUUCACAGGGGGAACUUCGCAAAAAAAUUAUGAAAGGGGUUCUGUUAAAAGAGAGUUCAGUCCGGCAGGCGGCAAACAAAGCAUCAAAGACCAGUCAGCAGUUCGGCAGCAGGCAGCUCUCCCUGGAAGAGGCAGCAAUCUAACACAUUGAUCCGAUCAGCGAAGUAAAGUGGAAAUAUUAAACAUUGGAUCCUCGUCGGCUGCCAUCAUCUGCAAAUGAAGGGCCUGCUUUCAGUGUUAACUGUCAUAAAGAUCAAUGGAGGCCAUGACUGCUGAUGGAAACAACUUGACUGGCCAGCCUGAAAUGUUGCAUCUUGCACGCAAAUAUUUAAAGCUCAAUUAUGUUUUGUGUAUAUUACCUUUUAUGAUGAAUCAUUGGCCUGGUCUCUUAUAAUCCUGGUGUGAUUUGUUUAGUGGGAACUAAUUAGGUUUGGGGCUAUAAUGAUGCCUUUUCAGACUCUGGUAACCAGCUGUCCUUUUGAUGUGUGACUAGCCAUCUGGUUUUGACUAUACAAUCUGGUUUUAGUACAGCCCACCCUCACUGGCAGCGUUUCAUUACAUGAUACUUGCUGCUAUGCUCAAACGAAAAGGUUGGGGGCAGCAGAACCUUUUGUAAUUCUAAUUGACAUGCUGAGACCUUGGUUCUCUGUUUCCAAAAAGGAGGUGAGGAGCUUUUGGCGCUUCACUAUAAGCACUGAAUAUGAACACACAGUGUCAAUAUUUAAAUAAACUGUCCUCUAUGACCUUUCCAUUA